GACCUGAAUUACAACUGCUUAUUUUUAUUAGUAUACUUUUUAUCUUUCGUUUUUUUGUGCUAUUUUGGCAUAAAAUUGUAUUUAUUACUCACUCCACGGUUUAGUAGCGACAAAAACAAUAAGAAAAAUAAAAGAAAAAUUUUGACAAUCACAAGGCGAAUUUACAUAAGGUGGUGGCAGUUCGGCAUCAAUCAUAGUAUAUUUUUCAAAAGGUACUGUUAACGGGACAUCUUAUUUUUUUGCUACUACACUUUUGAUUUGUGUUCAUGCAUUUUGAUGGCGUGCUGUUACUUUCAAUUGUAGACAUACUGUCAAAUUCUAUAUCAAGAUAUAACAAUAUGGGGAAAUAAUUAAAAUUAAAUGAAACAUGAAUUAUUUAUGGGUUAAUUAAAUUUAUAAAAGAAGCGAAAAUUUCCAAAUUAAUACUACACUUCGUACAUUUUAGCAUUUGAUAAUUGAAGUUGGGGUUUUUAAAAUUAUUCUCCUGCGAAAUUUCCUGAAACUAUAUUAUUACUUUGUUCUACAUUUUUAUGCAAAUUUGGAUACCCUGGCAUUUUGGUAGCGCACCUUGCAAAUCUAUUGAUAAUGCAGAAAAAUGUUAUAAAAAAUAUCUGGCAUCACAGCAUGUGUAAAUUCAAUCAUAACAAAUUUAUUAUUUAACAGCCUUGUUUUAUUUACAAAAUUAUCAAUAACAUUUGUACUUUACGGAGAUGAGUUUCAGACAGAGUUAUAAACUAAUCACAAAGCAAGCCAUUCGAUGGUUUCCCGGCCAUAUGGGUAAGGGCUUAAAGCAAAUGCAACAGAAGUUAAAGUCGGUGGAUUGUAUUUUGGAAGUACAUGAUGCACGAAUUCCGUUUUCCGGUAGAAAUCCAGAAUUUCAACAAACAAUAGCAGGCGGCGUGAAGCCUCAUAUAUUGGUUCUAAACAAGAAGGAUUUAAUAUCCCCAAAAGAUCAAAAGUAUAUAAGCAGAGCACUUAAGGAACAAGAGCGUUUGGAACAUGUAAUAUUCACAAACUGCAAAGAUCAUCAAUGUAACGGCAUGCGUAAAUUGAUGCCUUUAGCUAAUGAAUUAAUCUCAAAUUCCGGACGAUAUAAUAGAGAAGGUGAGAAAGAUUACUGUGUAAUGGUAAUUGGGGUCCCAAACGUGGGCAAGAGUUCUUUACUUAAUGUUAUGCGAAAUCGUUAUCUGAAGAAAAAAGCUGUAGCCCAAGUGGGUGGUAUAGCAGGAAUUACACGCUCAGUUAUGGAAAAAAUCAAAAUAAGUGAAGAUCCUUUAAUGUACAUGAUUGACACACCUGGAAUUUUGGAACCUCGCAUCAGCAGUGAUGAAAUGGGUAUGAAAUUAGCUCUGGUAGGUUGUUUGCCGGAUCAUUUGGUAGGUGAAGACCUAAUUGCUGAUUACUUACUAUAUUGGCUGAACCGACAUGAACGCUACGAAUAUGUUCCACUAAUGGGUUUAGAAAAACCUACAGACAAUAUAUCGGAAGUUCUGGUAUCAUGUGCCAAUAAAAUGGGUGUUCAAAGAAAAGUUAAAAGAAGUGAUGGACAAAUAUUAGUUAUGCCCGAUAUUUUGAACUCUGCCAGACAUUUUAUUAAGCUUUUUAGAACGAAGGCAUUAGGUGCCUGUAAUUUAGAUAAGGAAAUAUAUUAAAAAAUUAC